CUGAGCAGGGGACAGAAGAGAUAGAACGUCGAGGCGGCGGAUGAUGAGGAUGCUGCCAGCGCCGCACGAUGCACAGAACUGAGCUACUUCAGCUCCAGAGAGAAACACGCCUGCAUCACUGAGGCAACUUUGUUCCGACACGGGAGCGAUGGCCCCCCAUCGUGCUGCGUGGCACUACUGACGCAUAACGCAAAAGCCCGCCAGGAUGCCCUCACGACGGCGGCGACAGCCUGCCUCUCGCCAUCUCUGCAGGGGGAGAGGCCGGAGCCCGGCGCGGGAGAUAAGAGGGAUAAGGGAGGGCAGUGGAGGAGGAGGAGGAGGAGGAGGAGGAGGAGGUUGCGCCAGCGUCGGAGCGUCCGCAGCGCCGCCUCACGGUGCGAACAGCAUCACAUGUCCACCUGCCUUCCUGCGUGCAUCUGGGCCCACCCAGUCGCGCAGGACCCAGUCCGAGAAGAGCGCGUUGGCCCAUCCGAAGCCGUCGCGGUUGUACUUGCAGGGGUUCUCGAGGGAGAAUCCCUCGUGCAGCUUGUUCGUCCCGCAAUUCGAGGUCAGGAUCUGCUCCAUGCAGUGGCGCCGCUCCUCCUCUGGAGGUCAUGCCCUGCAUGAUCAGCCCGAGGUGCCACAGGCACUUGCCGUGACACUCGGGGCCGUGGAGGAGCCUCAGGCCGUGGCUCUCGUGCUGCGACCCCAGGCCUUCCAGGCCCGUGUGGUUCGCGCCGCUCGAAAAGAAGUUGCGGUUCUCGCCGCUCAGGACGAACCUGCGGGUCGGCUCGUAGAGGCCGGCGGGAUCUGCGUAGCCCAGGUAAGGCAGCCAGAGCAGAUUGGGCAUGUUGGCGUCGUCCAUCGAUGUAGCGUUGCCCCAGCCGUCGACCUGGAAUGCGUAGAUCUUGUUGCCGCGGGCGUCCUCGACGACGCCAUACUUGCGCACUCCUCUUCGACGAUGCUGGCCAUUUCCUCCAGCUCCGACGCGAGAUCGGCAUCCUUCAUCGGCCCCUUCGCCAUCUCCGCGGCUCUACGCAGAGCCACCACCACCAUGAUAUUCUGAGGGAUGUUGUAGCCAGCCAUCACCUGGUCGUCGCUGGGCAUCGCGAACGACCACACUAACCCUAUGCCCUCAUUGAACUGCCCAUUCAGCGGUUUGUAAAAAUAUUCCGACUUGGAGAAAUGCAUCUGCUCGAUGCGCAGGAGGCGCAGGGUAGCGCGCAGGGCCUCUUCGAACUCCACGUUGAGAUGCGAGACCGUCCCGGUCUCCUUCCAGUACCUCCUGUGAUGCAGCAUCAGCGGGAACAGGAGGGCGUCGAGCUCGUAGUCCUUCUGGUAGGUGUAGUCGCCGCACUGCGGGGCGCACUUGAGGCAGUGGCACUCCGCGCAACCAGCGCUCGGCGGGCACGAUCCUUGUUGGGGCCCGCGUCCGGGCCGUGACCCUUCGUGGGGUAGAAGGCGGACGCGUACGGAUCCUGUUGAUGAAGCGGAUCUGCCUCGACAUGGCGGCCUCCAGCACCCUCCGCAAGGGGCUGCCCGCCUCGCUCCUGGCAGCCAGUGGGACGUACGGCUCCAGCUGCACGGAGCUGUCCCGCAGCCACAUCUGCCCGAUGUCGCCGGUGGAGACGAAGACGGUGCCGUCGUCCCUGAAGAGGGAGAGCGUCUGGCUCGCCGAGUAGGGGAAGGCCUGAGACCACAUGCUCGCGAGGGCAUGCCCGUCCAGUCCGCGCAGAGUGCCAAAGUGCUUUAUCGCGCCGUGCACGCGCGCCGCCUCGGCCUCGACAGCUCGCACCGCGUCUCGGAGCGUCUCCGCGGAGAUGGCAUCGCGACGACUUCUCCUUGCCGCCGGCCGCCGCCCUGCUGCGUUAUCGGCGUCGACGUCGAUCGCGCCCGCGCUCUCGAAAUUACCAGCGUUCAACGAUACCGCAGCCCCCAGAAGGGCGGGCACCAAACAUAUACGUAAACACAUUGGUCCGGUAAUGUAAAAUAUGCCGACACGACGCGGCUUGAGAAAGCAUACCUACGGGGGAGGAGAAACACAAGAAGAUGAAGAACAGGAGGACCACGCGGAUGCGACAAUGAACUCCAUGGGCGGC